GCAAAUUUAGUUUUCAGUACCUUAAUAGUCAAAACAACUAGAGGGUGUUCGGAUGGGAUGGGAUGUAUUCAUGGAUCUCUUUCACAGCACAGUUUAUUUUCUCCUAUGUGAAACACUAGUUGUCUUUAUAGGCACAAGCUCUGCAUUUAUAAAAGUGCCUUUGUCUGUCAUCCAUGGAAUUAAAGGGGAGCCUCUUGUCCUACUGGUGGAAUACACCUUCCCCACUGAAGGUCAAAAUAUCCAGGGUAACUGGCAGCUGAGGAGAGCGAACAAUACCAUGCAUCUGGUCACAUUCAGAGACAGCUUGCCCAUUCAUGACAUGGCCAUGGAAUCUAUAAACAAAUUUUCCCUUCACCCACCUAAUGCAUCCCUGUUGAUCAAUAAACUGGAAGACAGUGAUGAUGGUGAAUACACAAUACAAGUCAAUGUAAAAUAUAAAGACUUAGUCAAGUCACAGAAUAAAACAAUCCGGGUUACUGUUAAUGUUCCUGUUUCAAAACCAGCUGUCCACAUGGAGCCAGCCUCUGCAGCAGUGGAAGAUGUUGAUAAUGUGACAAUGACCUGCUCUGUUGAAUUUGGCACGAGGGUAGCGUACCAGUGGCUGCUCGGAGGAAGCCCCAUUCCAGCAAACCCUCGCUAUACCUUUUCUGAAGACCACAGAAAACUUGUUAUUUCCCUGGCUAAGAAAGAAGACAUUGGAAAAUACAUCUGUGUGGCGAGCAAUCUAGUCAGCAAAAUGUGGAGUGAACCUACUCAGCUAAAUGUUUUCUAUGGACCUUACCACGUAAAGGUGAAUUCGGAUAUAGAAUUGAAGGUUCGUCAGGUUUUUACAGUUAAUGCAGGAGAGACCAUCUUGUUCCACUGCUCAGCAGAUUCAAAUCCACCGAACUCCUAUGUCUGGAUUCAUAAAGUGAACAAUAUGACAAAGGAAAUCAUGACCGGGCCACAUUUUGUAGUAAAUUCAGGUGAAAUUACUCUGACAAAUGAGUACAUGUGCUGUGCCUACAACAACGUCACAAAGAAACAGGAUGAAACUCAGUUCACCGUCAUAGUAGCCAACUUAGGUAAUGGAAAAGAAAAACUGGCCCAAAAAGCAGGCUUCGUGUCACCUUUAGCAGUGAUAACGACACUCUCGAUAAUAACAAUUGUGUUCAUGCUUUUUGUCUUUCUAUGGCGGAGGUUCCAUCCAAAGAAAGUGAUAAAGCAGAUGUACACCAGGCCUUUAAUGGAACAAAAACGGCCACACCUCUCAGGACAUGAAGAUGCAACAGAUGACUUUGGGAUUUAUGAGUUUAUUGCUAUACCUGGGACCUCUGAGCCAACUCGGGUGUCAAACAGAUCUCUAUCAAACCUAGAUUCAGUUCAUGGCCCAAAUUCACAUACCACUAUUUAUGAAGUUAUAAGACAUGUUCCAGAAGCAUCAUCAACGGCGCCUGUGAAGUAACACCCGUUACACAUCCAAGGCUUAUUUUCAGCUUAGCCAGUUAUUUGUAAAGUUUUUUUUUUUCAUAGGUAUUCGGAGUAUUGCUUGAGAGCUUGGACAGUAAGUUAUUUCCAAUUCUUCAGCAGUUUCCAAAAGCAAAAUGGUUCUCUGUUUUAUUUUUUGAAAAUGAGAAAGUUGGAUCUACAAGACAAUCUCCAUUACCUUGACGUUAAUCUUUUCUGUUAAAUGUUUAAAGGCGAGAAGUCACUGACAAUGGUUUUCCGGUUAUAGCACAUGUAUUCUGAAUACAGGAACUCAGGUUAUACAAAAGCUUAACACUGUUAAACUUUUGUUUAGAUUGCACUUAUUGUGGUAAGUUCUUCUUCAAUACUUACAUUUAUUGUUAUUCUGUUAUACUGCAAAAGGAGUGUAAGUGUAAUUUAUGCUAAUCAGGGAUCAAUACUUUCUAACUGGAGUCGUUUUGGGAUUCAUUCACCACCAUUGUCAUCAAGAACCCCCCCCCCAAAAAAUGUGGUAGUAAGAAAAACCCACCAAAACCCACAGUGGCUGAUUCAUGUUUAAUAUUAUUUUUAUACUAUUUUUAAACACAUUUUAGCCAGUCUGGUUCUGAGACAGGAAGUACCACCAGGAGCAUAAUUGUCAGGUUAUAUAGGGUAUUAACAACAAGAGAAGCCAUCUGGAGAUUUGCCAUGUGGAUGACAAUUUAAAACGAAUAUAAAUGUAUUUUUUGUUGGCAGAAUACUCUCAUAAAAGACACAGCUAGUACCUAUUUUUCCACAGACAUUUUUUCCUAAUGUAUUUGUUUUGGUUUGAUUUAUUGUAAUGUUUUUAAGGAAACAUUUUGUGUACAACUGUGACAGGGUGAGCAAUGUUUUUUGUUAGGAUUGGGUCAACAGGGUGUAUGAUUGGAAUUCAUUCUUGGUCUGUUACUUACAAUCUAUAAUUGUUAAGAUUGCCAUUGGCUAAGUAAGAUACACCCCCCACCCCAAAGAAAACCCAAACAAACCAUAUUUAAAAGUUUAUUUCAGUUGUUUAACUUUUGUAUUGUUAUUUCAAUUGAUAGUUUAUGUAAAUAAGUGUAAGUUGUUUUGUACAUUUUCUAUUUGGAUAAAGAUGCAUAAUAUAUGUUUAAUACAGUAUACAUGUUUAUACAUAUUUACUAACUUGUAUUUAGUGACUUGUAAAAUACAUCAAAAUAAGGUUUAUUGAUCUGUGAACAAGUAUGCAUAAAUGUAUAAUGAUUGUUCCCCAUCAAGCUUUGUGUAGAAAUGAUGAACAAUGCAAGAGUCAUACUAGGGCGCCAAGAUGUUUUCUUUUAGUAUCGGUAGAGGAAGAAGACGAUUUAGGGAAACGUGCUAGAAAUAUUUGGACAACAAUAUAUUUUUUACUUAUUGCUUAAAGUGUUACUGAACAGGCUCUAGGGUUUAUUCCUGCAAUAUCUUUUUUCAAAACAAUCGCAAUUGUUUUGAUAUUUUGACCAGUUAUUUUCAUUUCGAAGCGGUUAUGCUUCUAGUCUUCCCGUCAAAAUGUCUUCUGAAAUCACGACAUUGGCGGCUUUAAUCCAACCUGUUCAAUCAGAAACAUUUCAUAGGUUCCCGACUCCUCUCCCAAAGUUCACAGUUUUGAUUGGUUCAUCUGUCUUACCCACUUGCUCCAGCACAGGUUCAGAGGGGCGGGAACAGGUUUAUGAAUAUGCAUCACAAGUCCUAUAUAAUAACAAUAGCUGCUUUACAGACCCCCAGUUAGAGUGAAGAUGCAAAAUGUACAGGGGACGUACAUCCAGCCAUAUGACUAUUUAUGUUUGCACUCAAAAUGACAUUGUCACACAGUACACUUUAUAACCUAGGCAGUGAAAUCUGCUGUCCGUCUAAACGUUGUUGUGUUGCUUAGCAUGUAGAGUUCUCGGUUAAGGUUUUAUUACUGGUUCUUUUCCCAUCCUAUUCCACCAAAAUAAUGUGUUUAUUUAUUUAAAGUAAUUAUUUGGGGCAUCCCAAAUAAACCUGUUCCUGCCCCUCUGAACCUGUGCUGGAGUGAGCAGGUAGGCCAGAUAAGCUAAUCAAAAUGCUUAACUUCAGAUUGAAGUAAGGGACCAAUGAACUGUUUCUGAUUGAACAGGUUGGAUCGAAGCUGCUGAUGUUGUGAAUUCACAAGACAUUUUGAUGGGUAGACCUGAAGCAUAACAGCUGUGAAACGAAAAUAACCAGUCAAAACUGAUACGUACAACAAAGCAGGAAGCUAUGGAAAGUAAUGCGUUGUGUUCUAAACCCUACAGCCUGUUCAGUAACACUUUAAUGUAUGAACCGCUACCAGUGCUACCAGAUUGAUUUUGUAAAAAUAAUAACAAUACAAAAACGUUUAUUUACAAUUGUAAAAUAAAAUCAUACUUCUUGCAAAUGGACAUGUCUGGACUUGACCAAAAUGGGCUGGGACAUAGAUAUGCACUACGGGUUUUGAGGUUAACAAUUAAUAAAAAAAAAUACCCAGCAUGUGAUAGGUGUAAUCCAUUGUUCCUUAAAUGAAACAUGGUGUAGCAUGACACUGUUCUCUUUUGUAUGAAGCCUUCUCUAUAGAUCUUUUCUCUAGCUUGAACCGUGACAGAUUUCACUUCCACAUUUUCCCUUUGUUUACUAUAAAUAUCUUACCUGACAAUUUGCACACACUGCUGGUGUCAAAUUACUGUCAGACAGUCAGGAGUUAACCCUUUAUCAUUAGUACAACUAGAACACAGUAGUGAGGACAACUAGCAGUUAUAAGCAGUAGCACCUUACAGUAAGACCUUUAUAAUUAAAAUCCAAAUACUCUGUUCACUUAAAACUGUACAAAACAUUAUCGUACCAGCAGCAGGUGUUGAAGGCUUAGUUCUAGAAAGACAACAGGUUCUAAAGAGUGUGGUGUAAAGCAUACAAAAUGUAAACCAUAAAAUGUUUCUUUUUUGUAUUUAUAUUUGAAGUGUACCAACAAUUGUAAAGUAGAUAUGGGUGCUUCUGUACAAUUAAAAGAGUUUUAGGCAUCACCGAUUAAUGCAACAUUUAAAUGUUUUGGAAUAGUAAAAUGACUCUCUUGACUAUUCAGUUCCUCCUGUUUACCCACAGUCUAUGCUUUAUCUUUUGGGACAGAAGGAUAGGUCUGCAUGAGGCAGUGGACUCCCUACUGGCCCUGCCUGUCCGUACUUAAUAUGCAAUCGGCUACAGGUGUGCAUGUGUGUCCUUCGUGAACCAAAGAAUGUCGUCUGAAAUUAAUCAAAAUAUCAGAACAUAUGCAUGCGAACCUGGUGUCCUUAUCAUAAGACUUCAUCAUAAAGUUUCAGCUUUUCCUCCUUGUCUUUGUCAUUAACCUCUAUGCUUGCAGGCUGUUAUGCGUGUGGUUGAAGGAAUCAUAAUGUAUACUGUCUAUUAUCAAUGAUCGUUGUAAAUGGUUUUAUCUUUCCUAUGCAACAAAGGGCAAGAUGCAUAAGAAACCCUAAUACAGUAAAAACAUGAUUCAUUUUGUAUCACCCUGUUCAUAAAGAGCUGAUUUCUUCCUUCUCAACUAAUGGCUGUUUAAAAGCUAAUCAUUUGUAACUAUAAUAACACAAAAUGGUGGAAUAUGUAGUUGUACUAAAAAAAAAGUUUAAAACUGUCAAACGUAUCGACUAGAAUUUUGCUAAUGGGAGAAUAUGGUAUGUGGUUACAUAUCCGUUUAUUGUCACAAUUAGAAAUUGAUAAUAUUUGAUAAAAAAAAGAAACUAACUUAAUUAUGUUGCAUAAAAACACAUACGUUUCAAUUGUAUUAAAUAUCAAAAUAUAUUUUUUAUAUGAAACGAGGCAGCCGAGGUAUACUAAACUUGCCAUUCUAUAAAAGGGUGAUAAAGGAGAUAAUAUAGAAUCUAAAGAGCCAACUCCAGGGUUCCCUUGCCAUAUUGGAGUUUCUAGUAACUUCUCACUGAGAUACAGUACCACACAGCAUGGAAAAGAAGGACCUAGUGCUCAUGAAUAACUUUUUGACAUAUGGUAACUAGCUUGUCGUAGAUGAGAGGAAAUGAUUUUGGCAUUAGAAUUUGUAAAUACUGGCAUAGCAACACUGUCUGUGGUGGCCAGUGUGAUAUGGUUAGUUGCCAAAAGUAUUGGCAGGGCAUUUUGCUUGCAUUGAAAACAAAAACAAAAACAAAGGCUGCUGAUCUUUACCAACAUUCUAUAAACUAGAGAUGAGAGGUAAAGGGGAUUGUGAAGGGGGCUGACCACUGUGAAAUCAGCAUCUGCAAAGUCAAUUUCACACGGUAGUCCCAAAAGGUUAUGAACAGUUUAUGGUCCAAUAAAAAUCAAAGAAAAAACAAAACCUGGAAACUGUUAAAAAUAAAUACAUUAAAAAGGCUGUUUUGUUGUCUCUAUAAAAGUGUACCUUAUAUACAUUUUGGUCACACAUUUUCAAAUAUGCAUCUUGCCCAAUAAGACCUUCUUUUCAAGUUAUUGUAUUUAUUGCUAUGUGGAAAUUGUACAUUUUUGUUAUGCCUAAGUAUUUCCCAUAAAGCUUUUUCAAUAAAAAUCUACUAUA